CCAGCCGGGGCCUCGCUGCCGGGCUCGGUGCGCAGCUGCUUCGGCCGGGCCCGGCGCGGCGGGAGGUGCGUUUCUGCGGCCCCUCCCGGCCAUGCCGUCCCGCAGCCUCCGUGCCCCGUCUGCAGCCUGCGGCGGGAGCUGCCUCAGAGCCCCUCCAGGCCCCAGCGCGGCGGCAGAGGCCGCUACCGGCCUCUCUGAGUCCCGCGGUUGUGCACAGCCCACGGACAGCUCCCUGCAGCUCUGCAGGCUCCCCGCCAGAGCGAGCCCGUGAGCCCCGGGCGUCGGGAAGCCCUUCAGCUCUCGGACUGACCUGGCGGCCGCAGAGAGGCCGGAGGGGAAUGUGAGGAGAGCGACCAGAGGACUGUGUGUGAUCCUUGCACGGAGCCCGCUGCCAGGCCGCGCCCGGCGGCGCUGGGGGCGGUUCCGGCGUGUGCAGACCGUGGCGGUGUGGAGGAUGCCCUCGGCGUCCCUGGAGGGUGCCCACAGCAGGACCAGGAAGCCCGAGCAGCUGCGCUUGCCGCUUCAGCCGCCCUUCCAGCACACCUGGGCCGUGCUGCACUCGGGGGAAGCCCCUGCAGCCGGAGGCUCGGCGGUGGCAGAGGGGACACAGUGCCUGUCAGGCCGGGCAAGGCAGUGCUGAUGGGCCUUGGGCAGGUCCUGAAGAGCUCCUGCAACGAACCUCUGGGUAAAUCGCCGGUGCUGUCCUUCCUCUCAACAGAGAUCAGGAGUCUGAGUGCAGAUGAGGCCGGUGCUGCUGUGCGCGCUGCUGCUGGGGCUGAGCCGCGCCGCCCCCCCGGGCCAUGAGGUGACGUUCCUGCCGGGGCUGGCCAAGCAGCCGUCCUUCCGCCACUUCUCGGGCUACCUCUGCGCCGGGCCGGGCAAGCUCCUGCACUACUGGUUCGUGGAGGCUCAGAGCAACCCCCAGGACAGUCCCCUGGUACUCUGGCUGAAUGGGGGCCCCGGCUGCAGCUCCAUGGAGGGCUUCCUGAAGGAGCACGGCCCCUUCCUGAUCCAGCCCGAUGGGGUCACGCUGAAGUACAAUGACUACUCCUGGAACAAGAUCGCCAACAUGCUCUACGUGGAAUCCCCUGCUGGGGUCGGCUUCUCGUACUCUGAGGACAAGAAAUACGCCACGAACGACACGGAGGUCGCCCACAACAAUUACCUGGCGCUGAAGAAUUUCCUGCAGCUCUUCCCCGAGUACUCCAAGAACGAUCUGUAUCUCACAGGAGAGAGCUACGGCGGGAUCUACAUCCCCACGCUGGCCGAGUGGGUGAUGCAGGACCCCAGCCUCAACCUGAAGGGGAUCGCUGUGGGAAACGGCCUCUCGUCAUACGAGAUCAACGACAACUCCCUGGUUUACUUUGCCUAUUACCACGGCCUCCUGGGCACCGAGCUGUGGAGGGACUUGCAGGCCUUCUGCUGCUCCCAGGGGAAAUGCAACUUCCACGACAACUCCAACCUGAACUGCACCCUCAAGAUGCAGGAGAUGAUUCAGAUUGUAGAGGAGUCUGGCCUCAACAUCUACAACCUGUACGCCCCGUGCGACGGCGGCGUCCCUGGGAGCAUGAGGUACGAGGGUGGCUGUCUGGUCACGCACGACCUGGGCAACUCCUUUAUCCGGACACGGAUGAAGUUCUCAUGGCAGCAGAACCUGUUCCGGAUGCCGGUAGCCAGGAACAAGGUGCGGAUGGACCCGCCCUGCACAAACUCCACAGCGCUCAGGGUGUAUCUGAACUCGCCAGAGGUGAAGAAGGCUCUGCACAUUUCUCCCAGCGCUCCAGACUGGGAGGUCUGCAGCUUUGAGGUGAACCGCAGCUACAAGCGCCUGUACAUGCAGAUGAACGACCAGUACCUGAAGCUGCUUGGAGCCACGAAAUACCGCAUCCUGGUGUACAACGGCGACGUGGACAUGGCCUGCAACUUCCUCGGGGACGAGUGGUUUGUGGACUCACUGUGCCAGAAGGUGCAGGUAGCUCGCCGGCCCUGGCUGUACACUGAGGGAGGUGAGAACCAGAUCGGGGGCUUUGUGAAGGAAUUCACCAACAUCGCCUUCCUCACCAUCAAGGGAGCUGGACACAUGGUGCCCACGGACCGGCCGCUCGCCGCCUUCACCAUGUUCAGCCGCUUCAUUAAGAACGAGCCGUACUGAGCCCCCGCAGCCUGUCCCGCUCCCGGGCUGCCCGAGCUGGGGGCUCUGCCCCCCACCCUGAGCAGUGGGGCGGCCGGGGGUGCGGGGUCCCGGGGCUCUGUCCUCGCUGGGUGAGGAGUUGUGCCACCGCUGCCUGUGCUUGUGGCUUCCUGUUGGGCCUCUUCCCCGUCUGGGGACGCAGCCACUUCCCCCCCGAGAGGGGAGCAGCCCCCACCACUUCCCCUCUGCCCGCGGCCGCCCGCACACGCACAGCCCUGGGCAGGCUCCGAGGCAGCUGCCCCAGCAGGGACAGCACAGUUCACAUGGCGGCCCUGAGGGCUGUCUGCUCCCCCCCAAACUGCUCCCACGUCUGACCCCAGGGAAGGAGGCUCACUGUGAAGAUAAUCCCACCACCCACUGCCCGCUCACAGCCUAGGGCACACAGUGCUUCUGGGAACUCGCAAUAAACUCUCUGAAUAAGGUG